GCAUUGAAAUUUAAUUAUUAUACGCAAUAAAUAAUUAAAUUUCAAAAAUAAAUAAAUAAUGGGUGCUAAUAAAAUAAUGUCUGCUGAUCAUAAUUCUGAUAACACCCAUAAAUUAAUUAAUUGGAUAUCAAAAGUUAAAAGUAAAAAAAUCAAUUUAAAACAAAAACGUAAUAAUUUACGUAUCGAAGCGGUUUUAACACAUGCCUUAUUAAAGGCAGAACAUGAGCUACGUUUUAAACAACAAGAUCGCCUUAGGCGUUGGCGGACUUUGAACAAGAUGGCGUCGUCAAGGAUAGAUAAUUUACAUAACAAGAUAGCUGUUGAUAAAUCAAUUGUUUGGGACAGUUACAAUGAUUGUGAAGAGUUACAGAGUUUAGACAAUUUUUUAAAAGAAUUAAAAAACUUUCGACCUGUAAUUCGAUAGAAUAUUAAGACUUAUUUAUUUUUUUUUACACUGAAUGUACCUUAAAUAUUAAUUUUAUUUAAUAACUGUGAUAUUAUUAUGUUAUCUA